GGGGCACGCCUUGACAAGAGUCUCGUUUCUGGCGGGAAAGCAGCGGCGAGGAAAGCCCUGCCGGAUGGGGCUGGCGCAGAGCCAGGCGUUGUGCCAGGGUGGCGCGCAGCAGUCGCCUCUUCGGAGCCGGAGAGGGAACGCGCGCGCGCCCGCGCGCGCUCCUGCCCCGAAGCCAUUGUUUCCUUUCCUGGCGGCGUCAAUGGAAAUUCCCCCCCUCCCUUGCGCUGGCGGGGUAGGGCCGGGCUAUUUAUACAUCCUGUCGCUGCCGUCACGGAGAGCGGCUUCGCUGACGAGAGAGCUGACGCUCUUGGACCCUGCCAGAGAGUCGGGCUUGCGGCGUGGCUGAGGCGGCUACAAUGGCAGCUCUGUGUGGAGGCAGAAGGGGCUCGGAAAGAGGGAAGCGGGGGAAGAAGACCCUUCGCCGCCCGCCCACCUCCCAGCUCCUUUACGAAGAGGAACUGCUACUGCCUGCUGUUGUGAACAGCAUCCGGCUAUGGGAGCCCCCUGGAGGUGACCGCUGGCUUGCUGCUCGGGCAAGGCGCUCUGCACUGCAAGGAGCUUCGCCCAGACGUGCGGUUGGUAGCCAGGAAAAAAAAGUGGGCGUGCGAAGCCCCCUGCUUAAGCGCUGCAUUGGCAGAAACGCCCCGGCUCGCUGGUGGAGCAGCUCAGAAACAGAGCGCGUCCCGGGCAGACUGGAGUCCGCCGUGCAUUGCUCAAGUCUUGGCAACUUGUCCCUCCACUGAAUUCCGACGCUGUCCGCCUUUAAUUCCCCCGAAAACGCCUCUCACUCGGCUGAAGCCAUGCCCUGCGUCCAGGCUCAGUACGGGUCCUCGCCGCAAGGAGCCAGCCCGGCCACGCAGAGCUACGCUUACCACCACUCGGCGGCUGCCGGGGAGUACAGCUCGGACUUCUUAACGCCCGAGUUUGUCAAGUUUAGCAUGGACCUGACCAACACUGAAAUCACUGCCACCACUUCUCUCCCCAGCUUCAGUACCUUUAUGGACAACUACGGCGCCGCCGCCGCUGCCGCCGCCGCCGGCUACGACGUCAAGCCGCCCUGCCUGUACCAAAUGCCCUCGCAGCCGCCGCCGCCCCCGCCGCCCCCGCCGCCGGCGCCCUCCAUCAAGGUCGAAGACCUGCCCCUGCAUGGGCACGGCUACCCGCCGCAGCAGCCGCCGGCCGCCGGGCCCCAGCAGCCCGUGGACGAGCUGGCCGUCUACUACAAGCCCUGCUCGACGCCGCCCACGCCGGCCGCGGGCUUCGCACCGGGCCAGAGCGUCUGGGACGAGGCGGGGCCCCUGCACGGCUUCCACCACCACCACCACCAUCACCACCACCACCAUGCGCAGGCCUACGGCGGCGGCGCGGCGGGCGGCGGCGGCGUGCACAAGGCGGCCCCGGCGGCAGUGCCGCGCCUCUCGCUCUUCUCCUUCAAGCAAUCGCCGCCCGGCACGCCGGUGGGCAGCUGCCAGAUGCGCUUCGACGGGCCCCUGCACGCCCUGCCGCUCAACGGCGAGCCCUCGGCCCACGGGCCCGGCGGCGGGCAUCACCAUCACCACCACCACCACGACGGGCAGCCCUUCGCCGUGCCCAACCCCCUCCGCAAGCAGGCCGCCGCCGCAGUCGGCUUCCCCGGGCUGCAGAUCGGGCACGCCUCGCAGCUCCUGGAUGCCCAAGUGCCCUCGCCGCCCUCGCGGGGCUCGCCCUCCAACGAGGGGCUGUGCGCGGUCUGCGGGGACAACGCCGCCUGCCAGCACUAUGGCGUGCGCACCUGCGAGGGCUGCAAAGGCUUCUUCAAGCGCACCGUCCAGAAGAAUGCCAAGUACGUUUGCCUAGCAAAUAAAAACUGUCCCGUGGACAAACGCCGCCGGAAUCGGUGCCAGUACUGUCGCUUUCAGAAGUGCCUCGCGGUCGGCAUGGUCAAAGAAGUGGUUCGCACAGACAGUUUAAAAGGCCGAAGGGGUCGCUUGCCAUCGAAACCGAAGAGCCCCCAGGAGCCCUCUCCCCCCUCGCCCCCGGUGAGUCUGAUCAGUGCCCUGGUGAGAGCCCAUGUCGACUCCAACCCGGCUAUGACCAGCCUGGACUAUUCCAGGUUCCAGGCAAACCCGGACUUCCAGAUGAGCGGCGACGACACGCAGCACAUCCAACAGUUCUACGAUCUCUUGACCGGCUCGAUGGAGAUCAUCAGGGGCUGGGCGGAGAAAAUCCCCGGCUUCACCGAUCUCCCCAAACAGGACCAGGACCUGCUUUUUGAAUCCGCCUUCCUGGAGCUUUUCGUCCUGCGGCUAGCCUACAGGUCUAACCCAGUGGAAGGCAAGCUGAUCUUCUGCAAUGGAGUGGUCCUGCACCGGCUGCAGUGCGUCCGUGGCUUCGGGGAGUGGAUCGACUCCAUCGUGGAGUUCUCUUCUAACCUGCAGAAUAUGAACAUCGACAUUUCCGCCUUCUCCUGCAUCGCUGCCCUGGCCAUGGUGACAGAAAGGCACGGCCUCAAGGAGCCCAAGAGGGUAGAAGAACUUCAAAACAAGAUUGUCAAUUGUCUCAAGGACCACGUGACUUUCAACAAUGGCGGCUUGAACCGGCCCAAUUACUUGUCCAAACUCCUGGGAAAGCUGCCGGAACUGCGCACCCUCUGCACGCAAGGCCUGCAGCGUAUUUUCUACCUGAAACUGGAAGACUUGGUGCCACCGCCGGCGAUAAUCGACAAACUUUUCCUGGACACUUUACCUUUUUAAAAAAAAAAGAAGAAGGAAGGAAGGAAGAGGAAAACGAGAGCGCGAGAGAGAAAGACAGAGAGAGAGACUCUUCUCUGCUGCCACACUUUCGAAGCGAUGAACUUGAAAAGCUUCGAAGGGGCGGGGGGAGGAAGCGGACGGAGGGGCCUGAGCGAGAGCGCAGCGGGCCAGAAAGGAGCACCCUUGGGUGCCGUGCUCCCCUCCCUCCCCACGGAAGCUCCCCUCUCCUGCAGGACAGUGACUGGGCAUUGGGGGCUGUGGGGGCACCCUGGAUUCCGUUCCUUGGACUGCACACAGAUCCCAUGGUACAAGCUUUUUAUUAUCGCCUAAACAAAAAGUAUCCUUAACCCCCUCUCCCCAAAACAAAACAGAGUUUUAUUGUUAUUAUUAUUAUUAUUAUUGUUAUUAUUAUUGUUAUUAUAAUGGAGAAGGACUUUGGGUUAGAGAGCUGAGCCUCUCUGGCAACUUGGGGAUGCAGGCACAGGCCAGAGUAUUAAGAAGCCUCCCCUUUUAUUGAGACGUAAAACAUUUUCUGCUGUAAAAGGAAAGCUGUAAUAUAGAGACUUAAAAAGUUAACUGGGGGGGAGGGAAAGGGGCGGCAUGAAUGGACAGAAGGCGAAGGAUUGUACAUUUAUCAGACGCGGUUUGGCUUUUCCUUAAAAAAAAAAAAAAAAAAACCAACACCACACAAACCAUUGUUCUGUGCCUAUUGAUGAAUAAGCUAUUCAAACCGAUCUUAAAUUUAAAGAGAGAAAAGGGUUAUUAUGACUAUAAAUCAAAGGGUUUGAACAACAGCAAGAACAAAACCGUGAGAAUUCCAGACCUAAUCAAGGAAAAGCCCGACGAGUCGAGGAGGACAAUGUUUCUUAUAGGCACUUGCUAUUUCAGUGAUGUCUAUAUUCUAUAAAUAGUUAUUUCAGACACUAUGUAGUCUGCUAGAUUUUAUAAAGAUGGGUAGUUCUCUAAGAAGCUUCGAACGUUUUUCUCAAUUGUAAAAUAGGUGGGCACACGUGUUUCAAAAACCCAAUCAGACCCCUCCCCCGCGCACACACACACACCGGAAACCUUCCGAAAGGGACCCAGAUCCCCGUGUUUGUAAACACCGUCCGGCAUUCCUUGUUUGUAAGUGUCGUAUGUAUUGUUGAUGCUGAUUAAAGGAAAAACAGUUUA